AUGGAGCUCUUCUCCGCGCUCGCCGCGAACAAUCUGGCCGCCCUGUCGCUCGCCCUCAGCGCAACCGACGCCGAAGCACGCGACGCACACGGCGUGCCAGCUCUCCUACACGCUACGAGCCCUCGCGCGGCCGCCGCACUCCUCACCGCCGGCGCCGACGCGAACGCUGUCGACCCUCGCGGCACGUCGGCGCUGCACUGCGCGGCGACGCGCGGCAGCGCAGAGAUCGUCCGGCUGCUGCUCGACGCCUCUGCAGCCGCCGACGCCGCCGACGCCGCCGGCGUGACUCCGCUCAUGUCUGCGAGCCUGCACGGCCACACCGAGGCGAGAGAGAGAGAGGACGGAGAGAGCACCGCGCUGAUGCGGGCCUGCUCUCGCGGGCACGAGGGCGCGGCGUCUCUCCUCCUCGAUGCCGACGCCGACGCCGCCGCCACCGACCAGGACGACGGGCAGACGGCGCUGCAUGCGGCGGCCGAGGCGGCGGCGGCAUCGCGGCGGCGUCUCUCUGCUCACACCUCGCCUGCGGGGCACCGAGGCGUCGUCUCUCUGCUGGCAAGCAGCCUGGCGGUGGACGGCGAGAGCGGGCGGGUGGUGGUGUCGGACGAGACCACGUACGAGGUGGAGGGGGAGGGGGAGGGGGAGGGGGCGGAGGGAGGGGGCGGCUGCACCGUCACCGUCCUCCUCUCCAAGCUGCGGCCGACAGCAGGGCGAGAGCACUGGCGAGAGGUGGUCGCGCUGCACGAGGACAACCCCGCGGAUGUGCGGCGGUACCUGCAGCACUGCCGCGGCGAGGGCGAGGCGGGGGCGGACUCUGCAUGA